GCAUGGUAACCAUGGUAACUAUGUUAUGUCAACAAAUCCGAGUGAAUAAAAUUCGGAACCCAAAUUCUCUUACACUUUCUAUUUCGUCUAUUAAGUACCUAUAAAACAAGGCUUCUGUGCUUUUAUUAAUUUUCCGCACCUUCAAUCUUCUAUGAUGGGUCUACUCAACAUCCUAAAGAAACUUCGUUCCAAUCCCGACAAAGAGCUUCGUCUUCUACUACUUGGGUUGGACAAUGCUGGAAAAACAACUCUUCUAAAGCAACUGGCGUCGGAAGAUGUCUCACACGUCACCCCUACUGCUGGUUUCAAUAUAAAAUCCGUUCUUUCCAACGGUUUCAAAUUAAACGUAUGGGAUAUCGGCGGCCAGAGGAAAAUUAGACCGUAUUGGAGGAAUUAUUUUGAGAAUACAGAUAUUUUAAUCUAUGUAGUCGACUGCUCCGACCACCAAAGGUUGGAGGAAACCAGCCUGGAACUUGCGGAGUUGCUGCAAGAUGACAAGUUGCGCGGAGUGCCCGUAUUGGUGUACGCAAAUAAACAGGAUUUAGCCACUGCGUUGCCAGCGAGUGAGGUGGCAACACUCCUCGGCCUGCAUUUGAUCAGGGAUCGGACGUGGCAAAUACAGGCGUGCGUCGCGACUGAUGGAACCGGUGUGAAGGAAGGCAUGGAAUGGGUCUGCAAGAAUAUUCCGGUUAAAAAGUGAUGAAAUAGAUUUUAAGUAUUAAAUCAAGAAGAAUAAUUAUAUCAUUGUAACAUUAAAAUAAAUCAUGAUUUAUUUAUUUAGCAAAUUAUAGCAUAUCAAGUUUAUGAUAUUUUUACUAGGUACCUAAGUAUGGCAAAUAUUUAAAAAUCCAUCCAAUCGUCUAUAAUAUUCAUGGACCUUUAAAUACUCUAUAUUUUAAUAGUUAUAGCUAGGAUGUAGAUUUUAUUUUAAAUAUAUCUUAUAUUC